CGCGGACAUUAAGCUUCGAUUGCUUUGCCGGACGAAUAAGUACAGCUCGAGAGAAGCGCUGUGCCCUGCCGAACUCUCGGGUUGACGCCCGGAUCAACUACAAAAGCUCCAUUCCUUGGAAUAAAAACAACAGACUCGAAAACUGUACAAGGCUUCCGCCUAGCAAAUCGCGAUGAAGAUCAACAGCACAUUCGGCAUUCUGCUGCUCGCAGUGUCAGCAGCGGCUUUCUCGGUCCCAAAACAAGCCGUUCUCGGCGGAGACGUGAGAAGGCCGGGUUCUCCUGACGAGACAGCGCCAAAGACAGUGACAGUAACGAAGACAGCGGCGGCUAUACCGACUCCGUCAGGGAUGGUCACUGUCACCAAGAUAGUCACGCAGACGCCGACCGAGCCAACGACGGCCGCGACGGCCGCGUCAACGCAAGCUGAGAAUAAAGACUCGUCAACAUGGCUCGGGAAUCUGUUCCGGAACCACUGGUCGACAAAGGGGAGCAAUUCGGGCGCGCUCGGCUGUUUUUGUGUCGGCGGCUCAGUCUGCUGCCAUGGGGGCCCGAACAUGGAGCUCAAUUGCGAUUACGGCGUGUGUGGCAUUUGAAGUAGCCACAGUCGACACCUCAACGCGAAAACACAGUAACAAACCGGCAUCAAAACAAAUAAUCGCUGAAGGAGGAUGAACUCAAUCCUUCGCUUUUCG